CGGCUUCACUUUUAUUUCCGGGGUUAAAGCAGCCGCCAUAUCUAAAUACGCUUUAAACACACAGACAUGUUUAUGUCCAGCCAGUUGAGAAAUACAGCCGCGAAAACUAUAUAGAGCUUUGAUAUCACACAAUAUACGUCCGACUGACAGGGAAUAGAGAUGUCGUUGGUGGAUUUGGGAAAGCGUCUUUUAGAAGCAGCUCGGAGCGGUCAUGAUGAUGAGGUCAGGACGCUGAUGGCCAACGGAGCUCCGUUCACUACAGACUGGCUUGGAACAUCUCCAUUACAUCUAGCAGCCCAGCAUGGUCAUUACUCGACUGCUGAGGUGCUGCUGAGGGCGGGUGUCAGCAGAGAUGCCCGAACCAAAGUGGACAGGACCCCACUGCACAUGGCGGCCACAGAGGGCCAUGAGGUCAUUGUGGAUUUAUUAAUCAGGAGUGGUGCUGACAUCAAUGCCAAGGACAUGUUGAAGAUGACGGCUCUUCACUGGGCAGCCCAGCACGGCCAUCACAACAUCGCAGAGCUGCUGGUCAAACAUGGUGCUGAUGUACAUGCCCUCAGCAAGUUUGACAAAUCAGCUUUUGACAUCGCUGUCGACAUACAACACGCUGAACUUAUGCAGCUAUUACAGGAGGGAAUGCAGAAUCAGGUGAACAGGAAUGCUGAAGCGUCAAUCAUAAAUGGCAGCUCCGCCCCACAGUUCAUCAUUCAGGGCAUCCCAAACAUCCAAGGGGGAGUCGUCAACCUCAAUGACUUGAUCAAAACCAACUCGGGUGACUCAGAGGAGGCCAUUGCUGUCAGUGCCUUGGACUCGAGUAUCCAGCAAGUGGUGAAUGAAUCGGGUCAGAGGGUCAUAACCAUUUUAACAGACCAACAUGGAAAUCUGCAUACGAAUGGACUCGGCCAGCCGUUCUUUGUCACAAUGCAGGAUGGACGACAAGUAUUGGCAGUUCAAUCCAAUCAAAUCACAGAGGAAGUGGUUGAUGACUCUGAACCUCCUGCCCGUAAAAGAAAAACGGACGUUUCAUCCAAUAAUACAGAGACCGGUGAAACAGAGCAUCUCCAGUGGCAGUUACAGGAAGCUAACAGGAAAGCUCAAGCCUAUCGUCAGCAGUUGCUCCGCAAAGAGCAGGAAGCCGAGGAGUACCGCAUGAAACUGGAAGCCAUGGAAAACGGACAGACCAACGGCACCAUGGCCCUCGACCAGGAGCACGUCGUGUUUGUGCAGGAAGAGGUCGGAAUCGAAGAAACAACGGAGGGAGAAGAGGAAGUAGUCAUGUUUUCAGAAGGUGGCGUAGUCAUUAAAACAGAAGAGAUCGACUAUGCGGACGAGCAGAUAACUUUAGUGGAAGCCACGGCGGGUCACACGGAGGUCAUUUCAUAAAAAGAUGACCCGUUGGACUCAGUGCUCAAGCAACCAAAGAGUGCAUCAGCACAGUUUUGCUUUGGUUCAUUUAUUUUUGGCAAUUAUGUCCUUUUUGUAAUUUAUUCCCUUGUUCUGUUUAGGUUAACGUUACUUGCUUUAAAUGAAAGUUCACAAAGAAACAACCACAAUGUGCAUCAUAUGCACACACACACACACGACCAGGGAAGAUGAUUCUUUCUGGGAGUCUGUAUCUGUAGUGUCCUUAAAAGUGGUCACCCCUGAUUUGUCCUCGAUGGGUCUCUUCAAAACAGCUGGGAAAGGUUCACUCAGGACGGAACUCUUUGCAAACUGUAUGUUUUUGAGAAAAGCUGCCUUAUUCAGACAGUUUCAUCGCUUUUGUAAAUAAACAGUGAAAGUUCAUCUCAGAAUGCUGCAGAGUUAUGUUCUAUGCAUCGGAAGUGAAGUAAUGCACCAAUUUCAAGAAUUUGAUUCGUAGGCAAUCUGUUCUUUUAAAAUUUAUAGGUCAAUUAAAAGUGCCUUUGGUCAUGUUUAGUUUUCAUUUAUAAAGGCUUAUAUGUGAAUUAUUACAUUUAUUGUAUUUGUUUCAGUGGGUAUAAAGUGUCAUUCCCAUUAAUUGAACAUUUAACUCACAUUCUGUGUGUAACUUGUAUUUCUUUCUCCGUUUAUGUAUAUAUUACUUUGAAUCUUGACUUGAGCGUUCUUGUGAACGGUGACAGUAAAAAGCUUUGACAAAUGUAAAAAGUCUAAAUCCAGAAUCAGUAUUUUAGAAUGCAUAAUGUGACCUCCCGGAGUUAUGAAAAAGUCAGGUUUUGGUUGGAGGUGCAUGAUUAUCUGACAUACUGAUAUACAUGGCAAGAUCAGAAGUGAUUUCAAUUUAAUCACGUUUUGUGCUAUAAAACUAAAAAAUAGUGACAGGUAAUGUUUGUCAUGUUGCAGAAAUGGUCAACUUUAAACAGUUGAGAUGUAGGAAUUGUGUUUAUUUUCCUUUUUAACCAUUCAUAAAAUUAUUAAUGUAAUUUCUUUUUUUAGACAUGGCCAUCCUCACAUUGUAAACAUGAGCCCCAGUAAUAUACUGGUGCUUUAAGUUUAUGAAGCUACACUGGUGUAAAUGCAAAAUCUUGAUCUUUGAGUUUUCCCCCACUUGUAUUAUGUGCUUAAGUGAUGUAUACAGCUUUUGACCUAUUUUUUAUAAAAAAUAUUGCAAUGAUCAUU